AACAGGUCUCUCCUCUCCAGAGUGCACACGUGUUUUAAAAAUCCGUUAAUCAUCCGAAUUAAUUGAUCCACCAAUUCCCGAUCUAAACCUCUCGCGGUAUUGAUAAAGUUUUUUUUUCCACGUGCAAUGGAAAAAAAUCAUCGCCCUCUAAGGAUUUAGUGAAACGUGUAUCGAUGAAAAUCCGACGAAUGGAGUAAUUCGGAGUUUAAGUGAUGAUGAAUCCCUGAAGAUCCCCGAAGUAUUACUCCAUCUUCUGCUGAUUAGUAAAAUGAAGACCGAAAUAAAGAGUUGCCUUGAUGUACCGAAUCUUCUCGCUUGUCAGAAUAACAAUAAUGGAGAUAAUCCGAAGAAAUUGGAAGGAGGGAUAAAUGAUAAUGAAGGGAUGGAAGUGGAUUGCAGCGGUUGCGGUGAGAGUAUAAGGGAGAGAACGGUCUUGUGCGUUGGGACUAACAGUUGGCAUUCGCGGUGUCUCAAAUGUUCCACGUGUUCUAGACCCCUUGACGAUCAGCAGUCUUGUUUUCUCAGAGAGAUGAGACUUUACUGCAGGACAGAUUAUGCACUGACUUUUGGAGCAAAGUGUGCGAAAUGCGAGCGAAGUAUUGGAUCAGGAGACUGGGUAAGACGAGCUAAAGAUCGUGUGUAUCAUUUAGCCUGUUUCGCCUGUGAUGCCUGCUCCCGUCAACUAUCCACAGGUGAACAGUUCGCCCUGUUGGAUUCUAGACUAUUGUGCAAGAUUCAUUACCUCGAUGUUGUGGAGGGUAACAACACCUCCUCCUCCGAAGACUGUGAUUCUGAGAACGGCGGCAAAAGCAGCAAGACUAAGCGCGUCAGGACGACAUUCACAGAGGAGCAGCUAUCGGUGCUCCAGGCCAAUUUCCAGUUGGACAGCAAUCCAGAUGGCCAGGACUUGGAAAGAAUAGCUCACGUCACGGGACUGAGCAAGAGGGUCACUCAAGUCUGGUUCCAGAAUUCCAGAGCGAGGCAAAAGAAACACAGCGGAAAAAUCAAAUCUCAAGUGCACCAUUCUCCGCUGCAACAUCAUCCUGGUGAUCUCUACCCCAGCAACAUGGUGAGCAGUUAUUUCGGUGGAUACCAGGGUGGCAGUGCUGGAAGUGAGAGCCCAGGGAGUCCAAUGACUCCACUAACACCUCUAACUCCGAUAACUCCAACAACGCCUACCCAUCUUCCGCAGCCCCAGUUCUGCCACCAAGGUGGAUAAUUUACGACCGAAUUCCCGAGGAUUCCUCAAGGAUCUGUCCCUUUAUGCUCACAACAAUUCGGCCCAGGUAUAGACUCUCCCAGUGUGCCACACCGAGUAACUGAUCCACUUAUCCAAGAGUUUUCCUUGUAAAUACAAGUCUUUGAAAACCGGUUCUGUGUAAAUCAUCUAGUGAAUUUAAUUUACGCGAUCUCAUGACUUAUCUCUAAUGUAAAUACGACAAUUUCAAAAAUAGUUAUUGAUAAAGGCUUAUGAUAGUGUCAAUGCAAUUGACGGAGAAUGCGCGUCUAUGUUAUGGAACAAGAAAUCGUACUGUUAUGAAUAAAAAUUA